CCUCGAAAUGUCUUUUCGUUCUCGCAAUUGAUUUCAAUUUAUAUUAUACUUCCUUUCGUGCCAAACAUAAUUAUUUCACGAGCUUAGAAACAGAUCUUGUCUUUCAACACCAUACUCAUGGCAGAAAUUGGCAUUAUUGCCAGUGGCAUGGGCGUAGCCUCGUUGGGGCUUCAGCUCAUGGACGGCGUUAGAAAAUUGAAACAAUUCUGGGACGAGGUGAAAGAAGCCCCCGAAGAUAUCCAAUAUGCCCUUGAAGAGCUCGAUGCACUAAGUCUGGUUCUUUCCGAUAUCCACACAUCCAAUUCAAAUCUGCCAUCGAUUCCUUCGGCUACGGUCACAAGGUGCUCAGAGCUUUGUCGCCGUGGAACAGAUAUCCUCAAUACAAUAGUGAAAGACCUUAAUGUGGCUAUCUCCAAGCGACGCAAGAUUGGCAGCGCGAAAGUGGUGUUGAAGAAAGACACACUCGAUAAAUUUCGGAAUCGGUUGAGGGAUGCGCAAUAUAUGCUUAUGCUCUCUCGGCAGACAUACUCGGACGCACUCCAAACGGAAUACCACAAGCUUCAAAUAGAGGCAGUUGAAAGUCAUGCGAAUCGUCAACUGCAAGGAAUAGAGGAGCUAAAACUUUCCGUUACCCGUUCCGCCAAUGUAAUGUCUAGUACCCUGCUUCAAUCGCGCGAUACUGUGGUUUAUGAUUAUGAGACGAAGAGACCCAUGAGAGGUAGAACACGAACGAAGCUUGAUAGAAAGGCUAAAUGCUUUCAAAAGAAGUUCAGAACUCCUCGGUUGUUUUCAUCCUCGGGCUAUACUUGGGAUUUCUCUGGGUAUCAAGCACCUUCAGGGUGGACAUUCAACUUCCGACAAUAUUAUACAAUCAAUGGUGAUUCGUUAACUUGGAGAUGUGUAUUUGAUGGAGACGUAUCUGGACUUCAAGUAUUGUUUCAGAGUAAAAGGGCCACCCCAUUUGAUAGAGUACUUCAUGGCAUGACAUUGCUUGAUCUAGCUAGUAGCCGUGAACAGUAUGAUAUUUGCCGUCUUCUACUUGAUCAAGGAGCAGAUCCAAAUGACUCUUCCAAGACAUCUGCGUUAUCAUACAACGUUCGCCGGUCCUGCAUUAGCGCCUCUGGGAACAGUGUGCUGAAGCUACUGUAUCCAAUAUCCGAGAUUCAUAAUCCAUUGCAAGAUAUCUCGACCUUUCAUGUUGAUCUUGACACUUUAUCUUUGCUGCUUCAUAAAAUUGAUCCGACAUUCAAAGAGUGGAGUUUCGAGGAGAGGAUGAUGUUCGCACUGAAAGUUUGUAACUUUACUAUUUAUUGUAGUACAGCUGGUAUGAUAUCACUAAUGCUUCACGAAGACCAAUUGAACGAAGUUUGCUGCAAGAUGGUUUUCGGAAACCGCCCUGAAUAUAUUAGCAGAACUUUUUUAUCAAUUGAGCUUGAUUACGUUGCAAGUGUCAUAUUUAGUUGGUUUAGAAGAAAUAGAGACUCGACUAUAUGCUCCGACUCAACUCAGCUGAUAGCUAGGAAAGCAGAAUUUGGACCGAGGGGUCGAUUUUCAAAUGCAGAAUGUUUUACAUCAAUCGAGUUGAUAGAACGCCUCAUUGCCAAUGGUUCAGAGAUCUUCCGCGGAGGACUUCUACCUUGCUUGUUGAGUGGAAAUACUUGGACUUCCCCCCAUGUUUUACCCUACUCAGGGAUAUGCCCAGUUUCUGUGCAACUCUGGCUGGAGAUACUGCACGACUCUGGCACUGAUCUACUGAAAUACGGCAAAGUAGAGCAUGACCAUUUCAUGGAUAGGGACUCUGAAGAUUAUAGUCACAGUAUCUGCGAUACUACUUCUAGAUGGAGGUUGUUCUUCGAACGAAAAAGGAAGAUGAGGAAUGGGAAAUCUCACUACAUUUUGGAUAGGGGACAUCUGAUAAGCUUUGUCUAUGGACCAGCUAUCGAGGAUUGGAAGUUCUGGUAUUCCUGGGACGAACCGCGUCGGAACUACUACCAAAACUUCCGGGACUUCUGGGAACUAGUUGAUCAUCCAGAGAGAGGGAUGCCUGGGGCUUGGGAGGAUUAUGAAUUAAAUUUCACGUGAUCUGAUAGUAGAAGAGCACUUCAAUGCGGAUGAUAUAGGAAGGGUGAUUGGUGAAUGGGACUAAGCCCCACGUUUUGUGCUAUGGAUAGAGUGUGGAAACAACUUCUUUUGUCAGGACUCUUCAAGAUGCAGAUUAAUGAAGAUCUAUUGGCUACUAGGUGUAUCCCUCGCUGAUUUAAUAUGCUACCAUCGAUACAUUGCAUCUACUGUAUUCUCCUGGCUGAUCAGCCUAAAACAUGUAUGCCAUAAUCAUGAGCUUGAGCUUGAGUCAGAUGCUGAGGUGGAAAGAAGAUUGAGAUGAGCGAAUUCCUAUUGAACAAUAAUUCUGGUCCUCACAAGGGACGCUCUCGAAACCUUCAUUCGUGAAUCGAAAGUUGAUCAUGGCAGGAUGAGUUAUAUAUGGUAGCAUACUAUAGGCAUUAUCCCGUAUACU